CUGGCAGUCACUGGCCAGAAGGAGGGGUACCGACGAGGCGGCGCGGCGGCGCUCUGUCGCCCACGCCGCAGGCCCAACACUCGCCAGGCUCGCGGUGCAGCGCCUGAGCGCUCGCCGGUCGGGGUAGCCGAGGAUGUGACUGGCGGAGCCAGCGGCGGUCCGCAGAUGAUGCUCGCCGUCCUGGGCGCGACGACCCUGGUGCUGGUCGCCGGGGCGCCGUGGGUGUUGCCCGCAGCCGCAGAGGGAACAAACCUAAAAUCUCCUCAAAAUGUAGAGGUCUACAUCGUGGAUGACAGCUGUAUCCUGAAGUGGAGCGAAAGCGAUGAGUUUGUCAGCAAUGUGACUUUUUCAGUAGAUUAUCAAAUACCUGAGAUCGAUGACUGGAUAAAAUUACCUGGAUGUCAAUAUGUUACUAGUACCCAAUGCGACUUUUCUUCACUCCAGCUAAAUGUUUACGACGAAGUUAAAUUGCGUGUAAGAGCAGAAAAAGGGAAUGACACUUCUCCAUGGUAUGAGGUCGACUCAUUUAUACCCUUUCAAAAAGCUCAGAUUGGUCCUCCAGAAGUACAUUUAGAAGCUGAAGAUAGGGCAGUAAUACUGAACAUCUCUCCUCCUGGAACACAAGAUAGCGUCAUGUGGGCCAUGGAUAGUUCCAGCUUUACAUAUAGCUUAGUCAUCUGGAAAAACUCUUCAAGCGGAGAAAAAAGGACUGAAACUGUCUAUCCCAGAGAUAAAAUUUAUAAACUCUCCCCAGAGACUACUUAUUGUUUAAAAGUUAGAGCAAGACUACGUGUGCAGCGGAAAGUUGGUUUGUAUAGCCCGGUGUCCUGUAUAAACACCACAGUUGAAAAUAAACUGCCUCCGCCAGAAAAUAUACAAAUCGAUAGUAAUAAUUGGAACUAUAUUAUUAAAUGGGAUUACAAAUAUGAAAACAUGACUUUUCAAGCUCAGUGGCUCUAUGGCUAUUUAAAAAAGUUUCCCGGGAAACAUGAAGAUAAAUGGAAACAACUACCAGACUGUGAAAAUGUCAAGACUACCCAGUGUGUCUUUCCUCGAAGUACUUUCUCAAGAGGAAUUUACUUUGUCCGUGUACAAGCGUCUAAUGGAAAUAACACAUCUCUUUGGUCUGAAGAGAAAAGAUUUGAUACUGAAAUACAAACUAUCAUCCUUCCCCCACUUAUUAACCUGAAAUCCGUUAAUGGUUCUCUGCGUGUCUAUAUCGGUGCUCCAAAAGAGUCUGAAAACAAGUCUGUGGACCAGCCUUACCGACUAACUUAUGAAAUUAAUUUUUGGGAAAACACUUCAGAUACUAAGAGUAAAAUUCUACAGAAAAAAACUGAUUUUACUUUUCUUAACUUGAAACCGCUGACUGUCUAUUGUGUCAAGGCCAGAGCGCUCAUCCUUGAGGAAAAGUGGAAUAAAAGCAGUGAUUUUAGUGACACUGUGUGUGAGAAGACAAAACCAGGAAAUACUUCCAGAACCUUGCUUAUAGCUGGGAUUUGCAUUGCAUUACUUAUUCUCGCAGCUGUCGUUUAUGUUGUGAGAGUCCUCUGGAGAUGUAUCAAUUAUGUGUUCUUUCCAUCAAGUAAACCUCCUUCUGCUGUAGAUGAGUAUUUCUCUGAACAUUUACUAAAGAAUCUACUCCUUUCUACUUCUGCGGAACAAAUUGAAAGAUGUUUUGUAAUUGAAAAUACCAACACUGUUAGCGCAGCAGAAGAAACUAAUCACGCUGGUGAAGAUUACAAAAAAUAUGGCUCCCAAACUAGUCAGGAUUCAGGAAACUAUUCUAAUGAAGAUGAAAAUAGUGGAAGUGGACUAAGUGAAGAAGUUCUGCUACAGGGAGCUGUGUGACCGGAAACCAACUCUCAAAUGGUAGCGAGUUUUGUGGGAGUUUACCGGGAGCCUGACCUCUUUGCUUCUCUCAGUAAGUAUCAAGAAGAUUUUCGAUUUCUGGGGAAGAAAAAACAUCUUCAAGUCAUAGAUCCUAAAAAUAUAGUCAAGCACUUAACUGUUUACAAGCAGAAUUACAGGAAUUUGGAGAAAAGUUCCCUACAUUCUUUGCUACGUGUAAAGGCUUGGAAGACCUGUCUGGGCUGAGAUGAGUUAAAUCCGGAAGAUGUCGACUGUCUUUCUGAUGGUAUCUUAAGUACCACUGUGCUGACUGUUUGUGGCUAAGGGCAGUACGUGUGUUCCUGUCAGUUAAUACUGUCACGGGGCUGCUGGUUGCUCUGUGUCAUUGGUUCAUUCUCCAUUCCCAGUAUUAUAGUGCAUUAUUUUUCAAGAGAUGUUUAGAACAUCUGGUCUUUUCUUUUGACACCGAAGCAGGCCCUUUGGAAAUUUCUUUAGAAAAGCUGAAUACCGCCACCGCUGGUUUUCUAAAAAAUCGCUUUCUCUAAAAAACAUCCACAGAUACCAGAAACGUGAUCCUUAAAAUUUUUCAGGGGAAUUCUGUCCACUAAUCCCAAGGACAUUGGCUCCAACAUCACAGUUGCCUUUCCCUGCCGCAGUUUAGGAUUAAAAGCAGGUAAUCUUUUCCAUACAUUAAGAGUUCCUGAUUCAUAACUUAUUAGAACAGUGGCUUCUGACUAGAAUUUGCAUUCACAAAAGUUGUAGAGAAAUGGAGAGCUAUCUGACUAGCAGAGUCCCUAUUAUUUUUUAAGAUAUGGGAGUCUGUGGAGGUUAGGCACAAAUGCACGCAAGAAGCCUUGGGACCAGAAAAUGCUACUGAUGGACCAGACAGAGUAAGAAGUAGAAUAAUUCAGUAGGAAAGAAGCGGGUGACUUUAGUGACAAUGAAGCAUAAUGUGUAUAACCAGCUUUUAAUUUUCAACAUACCUUGGGGUUGUUUAGCCCGCCCUGGUGGUCUAGUGGUUAAGAUUCGGGGCGUUUACCGUGAUGGCCCAAGUCCAUUUCCUGGUCAGGGACCCACACUACCCAUCUGUCGGUUGUCAUGCUGCAGUGGCCACAUGUUGCUGUGAUGCUGAAAGCUAGGCCACUGGUAUUUAAAAUGCCAGCAGGGUCACCCGUGGUGGACAGGAUUCAGCAGAGCUUCCAGCCUAGACAGACCAGGAAAAAGGACCUGGCCACCCACUUCUAAAAAAAUUGAAGACCCGUGAAUAGCAGCGGCAAAUGGGUUUGUUCGUUUGUAUGGCUUCCCUGGGUCUUUUUUCAUACCAGGCCGGCUUCUCUACCAUGGCAGUCAGUAUUCAUGGAUCCCCUCAGCUCAGCCUGCGUAUACUCAAGAAAAUGCAAAUUAUUUAUUAUCAAAGUGAGGGGCAAAUGUAACUGGAAAGAAAACCUAAUUUUAAAAAUUGUAUACUGCUUUUCAAAGGCACCUCUAGCUUAUGUUUAAGUUGGUUUGGUGUUUGGGAUUAUUCCUGGAGAUCCUUUGCAGGAAAGGAGUCUAGGAGUUCUGGCAGCCUCUAAGGCGAAACCCUCUACCUGACUCCUGCAGCCGGGAGGGACCAGUGAGGGGAAAGGAGAGGAAGCCACCCAGCGCCUGCCUAUGCGUAACAGUCUUCCUUAUGUAGUGUGUCUGCCAAGAUGACAGCUUCACCUGGGUGGGAGGAGAGGCUGAGGCAGCUGCCCAGGGCGGGGCUUGACACUCAGCACGCCCUUGGCAUGGGCACAGCUCCGCAGAGCAUUCCAUGUGCUUUCCUGGGUCUGCGGUCCCAGCUUGUGGCAGAGUAUGGCAGGGAUCAGGGCGGCCCAGGAACCCCCUGAGACACAGCUCUCUGCUGGAGAAUCCCUCAGUGACCCCAGCACACCUUUUGAGAGCAGGUCUUUGGGGUCAGCCUCCAUUCGUAAAGCCCCGUCUGUGGAAAUUUGCCUCUUUGAGGGUAGGUUAGGAGCCUGGCGUGACCCCCUGCCACCACUGCUUUCAUACUCUGCCCAUCCAGCGGUCCCCUCCAGUGCUCGGGCCCCAGAUUUCCCACAGAAGAAAGCGGCUGUGGACUGGAUUUCCUAAAAAGAAACAGUGUCUUGUGGGACGUGGAGGAGGGAAAACUCAGACACUAAAAGGAAAAGACACCGAUGAAAUGGUCGGGUCCCUAAGAUGUGGGACUGCAGGUCUUUACGUGGUAAGACCCUCUGUGGGCCUCGAUGAACAAGCCUGGGGGCAUCAGCAGCAGCAUACAGAAACACCCUCAUUUCUCCCUUGUCCUCUAGACGUGAGAAUGCACUCCUGUUCCAUCCUUCAUCACGGUCCGCAUGUAGUGUUUCCAGGCUGUGCUCACUUGGAAGGUGCUAAGUAUUUUUUCUGAAGAAUGAUGUACUUGAAAAUACCAUAUACUUGGGAGCACCAAUAAACUGGCUCAGAAUUGCAAUGUUGAUAGUUCUUGGAGAGGCUGAAUGUAAUCUAAGAGUUUGUGUAAAAGAUUUGUAUCGUCACAGCCAGAAAUAAUAGUAUAUUAAUACAUACGUGAAUAGCGACAUGCGCCUGUCAACGUGUACAUGCCUACUUACAGCAACACACACACACAUAUGUGAUGGGGGCCGCAUUCCAUUAGUAUGGCCGUAAAGGAUUUAUUAGGAGAGAUUCUAAUUAGAAAAUUAGAAAUGCUGCUCAGAACCCUAAACUUUUAGGAUCUGACCAGAAAUUUGCAACCUGUAAAAAAGUUAUUUUAAAAAUAUUAUUUAGGGUUUGUAUCUUCUCCCCAAGCUGUGACUUCUAAAGUAGCCUCAGAUCCCUCUUCAGAAUGUGGAGUGGACAGAAACUUUCCUACCUCUCUUUUCCUCCCCGUUACGCUGUGACUCCCUGACAUGUUGUGUUUUUGUUUCAUCUGGUGUGUGUCUGUCCCCAGGAGACUGGAAGCUCCAUGAGAGCAGGGGCUGACUUUUAUGCAUUACUGUACCCCCAGCAUCUAUGGCAGUGCGCUGCCUUGCACAUAGAAGAUGCGCAGAAAAUAAGUACAAAUGAAUGAAAUCUAAAAUUUGAACCAAGUCGGUGUUUGUGACCAAUUUCGUAUGUUUUAUUGAGUUAUGGAAGGACGUAACCAUGUCGUCAAUGUUUUUAUACAAUAAGCUUUUGUGUUUUUCAUUUGUAGUUUUGUCUUAAACCCUAUUACUGUAAAUAAUUUUAUAUAAUAAACACUGAGGCCAAAAAUCUUUGAUUUUUUUUGUUGUGCUUGAA